AUGACGGACCCAGACCUCAACAAUAAGCUCGAUAGACUACUCACUCUAUUGGAAGCACAGCUAGAGGUUACCAGACAGGGUCAUCAAGAGGAACGAUUACAACGAGCUCAACUGAGCAGGGAGGAGACAAUGGACCUCUCUCACUCAGAAGACCAAGCAGGAGGAGGAGAUGAGUCUAUGAUAGGAGACCCACAUACUCCUACUCCAGCUCCACGACCAAGACGAUCAGUCUCAUUCAACCUGGAUGAGCAGGAGGACAUCAACUACGAGAAGUAUGCUUCACCUACUGGGCCAAGAUAUGUCAAGACUAAGCUGGACCCCUACAGCAGGACUAGGACGGACCCUUACCCCCUGGACCACGAGGAGGAUACCAGCAUCAUGGCAGAGCUUAACCGGUCAAAGCCCAUCGCCACCCCCUUUCCAAAGUUCAAUCCCCGAGACAUGGAGAUCUUCAUUCUAGAAGCCGAAGCAUGGUUUAAGUUCAACCAGGUGUAUGAGCAGACUAGGAUGAUCAACCACAUGGGAGCUCAACUGGAAGGGACAGCAAGAGAGUGGUGGACCUCCAAGCUCCAUAUUGAUAGAGCUAGAGAAGGAAGGUUGUUCAAUGAUUGGCACUACUUCACAGAGCGACUGUCAGAACAGUUCAACCCACGCAAUGCUAGGAUGGAGGCAUACAACAAGCUGUUGGCUCUCAGACUCACAAGUGAUGCUCCUGGUGCCACCACAUGUCAUGUAGAGCAGUUCAGAGACUUGGAGGGACAGGUCAACCUAGAUGACAACGAGCUAGUGAUUGAUCUCUUCAGAGGAAGUCUCACUCACAGCAUACAGGAGAAGUUCGAGAGGAAUCCACCUGGGAAGAGAUGGGAGUGGUACCGAGAGGUUGAGGAGAUCGAUCGACAGAGGAUGCUACUACAGCAGUCCUCGGCUAGACACUCACUCCCAAAUGCCACAUCACCUCCACUAAGAACUGGGUCUCGGCCAAAUCAAAGUUCGAUCCCCAUCUGA